CGGAAGUUGUUGGUGGCACCAAAAUUUAUAAAGUCGUUUGGGUACUUUGUGGAGACAUGCAGUUCUUUGGCCGACUCGUGAACACUUUCAACAAUGUCACCAAUUUGUUUUCAAACCCCUUCCGGGUGAAAGAGGUGCCCCUGACAGAGUUUGCCUCUCGGAAACAGGUGAAAUGGGAAGAUAGGAUAGUUUUGUAUGACAACAGCUCAGCUCAUUCCUGGGACUGCCUUCUCCUGAACCCUCAGAAUCAAACAACUGCCUUCCGGCUUUUCCAGGUAGGUAAUGAAGUGGAUGCCAAUGAGCACUUUGACCUGUAUGUAAAGCAGUUGCGGCCCUUCUAUGAGAGCUAUCGGGAUCCUUUGCCUCUGGAGACGUUACAACAACUGGUAGACUGUUUCCGAAGUCACCCCAGCUGGUCGCUGGCUCACAUAGCAGUAGAGGUUGGACUUCUGGAGAGCUUCCGACACAAUCACAUCUUGAGCUGCAUAAACAGCAACAGCUCUGACAAUGAAUGCACUCCAGUGCACUUGGCUUGCCAGAAAGGAGACCUCGAGUGCCUGCAGGAACUGGUGGAGCAGUGCCAUGCCCGUCUAGAUCUCACAGACAAAAAUGGAGAGUCGAUCUUCCACUACGCUGUCCGAGGGAACAACCCAAAUAUCAUAGAGCUCCUGGGCAAGAGGUCAACCGCUGCUUUGGACCACCUGAACGACGAAGGGCAGAGUGCUUUGCACCUGGCCUGCCAAUUGGGCAAAGAAGAGGCGGUUCUCUCUCUCUUAAAGGUUGACGCCAAGUGUAACAUCCUGGGCGUGCUGGGCUACCCCAUCCACAUUGCCAUGAAACACAGUCAGAAAAAGUGUGCAGUCGCCCUUCUUGAUAAGGACAUCAACCAGAUUCAGUUUGUGGACCCGCGCUAUGGUGCCACGCCCCUCCACUGGGCCAGGAAUGCUGAGAUGACCCGGCUACUGAUUGAGUAUGGCUGUGAAGUGAAUGCCAUCAGUGCGACGGGGGAGUCAGCCCUGCACAUUGCCGUGCGGCGUGGGCGCUUUGAUUGCACAAUGGUGUUGCUGACGCAUGGAGCCCUGCCCAACACUAAAGGGAAAGACGGCAACACUCCGCUGCACUUCGCCAUGAAGAGCGACCACCUCGAAACGAUCAAGGCCCUUAUUGUGUUCGGAGGAGAUGUGGAAAUCCCCAAUGACUUAGGGGAGACCCCAGGGUUGGUGGCAGCCAGGACCAGCAAAGGUGCCAACCGGAAGGUGCUCUUAGAUCUGCUGAAAUGUAUAGGGACUGAACGCUUCCAUCCACCUGGCUCAGCCAUAUCCGUACCAUCACCAUCUACUUCCACCUUCCCUGAAAGACUACCACCUCCAUGGAGCAUUAAUCAGAAGCUAGAAUUCCACGACAUCAUCCAUGUCUCUGCAGCACUUAGUACCUUGAUGAAAAAAACAGAUGUGGUGGACUCUGCAGCCGAGGCGAACAGAACCCAAGACCGCGUCUUGAGUCUGGACGGCGGGGGUGUCCGGGGCUUGGUGCUCAUCCAGUUCCUCAUCGCUAUUGAGAAAGCCGUGGGGCGCCCCAUCAGGGAGCUCUUCGACUGGGUAGCAGGGACGAGCACAGGGGGAAUCCUUGCAAUGUGUGUUAUACAUGGGAAGCCCAUGGACUACAUGCGCUGCUUGUACUUCCGGAUGAAGGAUGAAGUCUUUCGGGGAUCGCGGCCCUAUGAAUCAGAGCCCCUUGAAGACUUCCUGAAGAAGGAGUUUGGAGAACAUACCAAGAUGACAGAUAUCAAGAACCCCAAGGUCAUGUUGACAGCAACUCUGUGUGACCGUCAGCCUGCUGAGCUCCACCUCUUCCGGAAUUAUAAUCCACCAGAAAGAAGAGGCAAAUCCCGCUUCCAGACAAGCACCUUUCAAGCAAUGACCAAGCCAGAAGAUCAGCUGGUGUGGCGGGCUGCCCGGUCCAGUGGAGCUGCCCCAACGUAUUUCCGGCCGAUUGGACGGUUUCUGGACGGAGGGCUGCUGGCCAACAACCCCACCUUGGACGCCCUGACUGAGAUCAAUGACUACAACAAAUACUUAAUCCAGAAUGGUCAGGGCCAUAGGGUGAAGAAAUUGGGAGUUGUGGUCUCUCUCGGGACUGGCAAGGCUCCACAGGUUCCUGUCAACUCCGUGGAUGUCUUCCGCCCCUCGAACCCUUGGGAACUGGCCAAGACGGUUUAUGGAGCUAAAGAACUGGGGAAGUUGGUGGUGGACUGUUGCACUGAUCCGGAUGGCCCGUGUGUUGACCGUGCGAGGGCCUGGUGUGAGAUGAUAGAGGCCCAUUAUUUCAGGUUCAACCCCCCUUUGGAGGUGGAUGUAAUGCUGGAUGAGGUGAGCGAUACGAUCCUGGUGAACCUGCUGUGGGAAACCCAGAUCUACAUUUACCAGCACUGGGACGAGUUUGAGCAGGUGGUGGAGCAGCUCCUAAACCCAUGAUGCUUUGCAAGACUCUGUGGUGCCAGCGGUGCCUCCCUGCAUCAGUGAUUUGGAACAUCAGCAAGAGCAGAGCAGGUUUUGCUGGACUGGGGCUCACCCCUUCUCCUCAGACCAGGAAAUCAAGCGGAAGCGUUUGGAGAUUGCACCCACUGAAACGUCUUUCAGCUUCCACAACUCGUGUCCCUGCAGUGGCUGCUCUUUUCCCCAUAUGCCAGUACACCAGCAACCUUAUGACUGUCCGGGAUUUCCUAGAGUUUACUUGGCUUGCGUGAGAACGAGGCAUUGAAACUGCUUAGAGUUGAACCAUCUUGGGUCCUACUUGGCAUGUAAAGCCGGUUGUACUCUCUCGACUUUUGCACGUUCCUAUCCCAAAUUUCACAUGAGCAGUUAAGAUAGUUUUUAAUUGCUUGUUUCUCCAUGUUUGCUGGUCAGAUUCUGUUUCUGCUGGGUGGGAGCUACAGUUAUCUUCCCACAUGAGGAGAUGGAGCAAGCCUCCUAGAAUUUCUUUUCAGUGGAAAGAUGAUCAUCCUCGCAUUGUUAUCAGCAGAAGGUUGGGAUCCUUUGGUCACUGUAACCAGAAGCUCUUCCCCAAUCAUCUUCCUCCACACCCUUUCCCAUUAUUUGAGAUUUCCUCUUUACUGGCUCCUGCCACCUCUGAAGGAGACCACUCUGAUCCGAGUGACACAGAGGAGCGCCAGAAGAAAGGAGUUGACAAAUGCUUCCUGGUAGGGGGCAUGUUUUGAUUGUAUUUGCCCAUUGGCACAGAUGCGCGAGGCUUCCUGACUCCUCGUCUGAAGACAUUUCCUAAUAAGAAUAAACUGUGUAGGCUUGGGUGUAGAUAAAAAAAAAUAACCCAAGUAAAUGAGAAGAUCUACUAGCAGAGUCAAUGGUCAGGCACACAUUUGGACAUUUUUCUUUCUGUUUCCCCAUAGAUUUGUUUCUUUGAUUGAUUCCACCCCCACCCCCCAUCAAUGCUACUGCCUUUUAUUCUCAAAGGCAUGUAUUUGAAGUGCUGCUGUUAAUGAUUUUUUUUUCUGCAUUUGGACUGACUUAAUUUUAACAGAAUGUACUUGAACUGUUGAAAAAGUAUCCUGAUGGGUAGAGUUUUCCCCUUACCUAUUAUUUUUGUAAAUCACUCCUAGUUUGUGGUGAUAUUACAGACUGGAUUAUCUUGGCAAAACUGACUCAAUAUUCAAUAAAAGGAGGGUUAACUGAAA